CAUGUACAGGAGGAGUGUCAUUUAUGGUAAAUUUCAACUUCAAAACAUUCUUGUUGUCAAGUAAAUAUGUUCCUCUAAUUGUUGUUAGUUUUAGCCUAUCGCAAUUGUUUUAGCUAUUAUAGUUUCCGUUCUGUAACAUUGAAAAUCUUCAAAAUCAACUUGAAAUCAACAGAAGAAACUUGCUUUAAUCAUUUAUAACCAACAAUGGGUUAUGAAGCUAGUCUGUUUCUGGAGAAACCAAACGAUGAGUUUAUCUGUUCAAUAUGCCUCGGAGUAUACGAUGAUCCAGUCUCUGAUGAAUGUGGACACGUUUUUUGUUCAGCCUGUUUAGAAGGUUGGCUUAAGAGGAAGAAUAGCUGUCCAAUGUCAUCUUUACCUUGUUCAAUCGCUAAAAUACGUAAAGCUCCUCUUCCAUUGAGAAACCUGAUUGGAGCUCUGCAAAUUCUGUGUGUUGAAUGCAAGAAAAAUUACGUCUCACUUGAUCGAUAUGAAGAUGGUUGUCAAGAUUGUUAUGUUAGACGACUUACAAAUCGAACUGCUGCUAAGGACAGUUUUGCGCGUGGAGCCAGGCAAACUCAGGCUCAAGCUCAGGCUCAAACAUCUGACAAUAUAUGGCAAAGCGAUUGGGUUAAAUGGGCUGGUAUUGUUGGUGUUGCCACUGCUGGUUUACUUGUUCUUAAUUCCAGUAUGAAGCAUAAAUCGCGAGAUAAGAAAUGAUCAAUGUUGGUCAUUUCUGGUUGAAAAAUUGGCUUGCCAAAAGAUUAAUGACGAUUAAGUGUACCUUUCUGAACUAACCUGAAACUGGAUUUGCCUUCCAUUCAAAAAAAUUUUCUACUGAAUCCCUUCUUUAUUGAAUCACGCAUAUUGAUCUCUUACUCAAGUCAUGUUUAUGAGCUUUCAUAUUAAUUGCUCUACUGAUGUUUACUAUUGUGAGCACUGUUAAAAUUAACCAACUCGAAUUGGAAUUAAUAACAAUCAAGUCUGUGAAUGGCGUUAAAAAGUGAGAAUGUCUUUAAAACUAUUAAUAAAAUUUAAUUUGCAUAACUUUUUAUUUGAUUGAAAUUCUGUGAUCGAUGGUGAUUGGCGAUCAUGAUGAUGGCCAUAUUUGAUCAAUAUCUAAAAAACCUAUGUAUGAAAUUGCUUAACAAUAUUCAUUCUCAAACCAUUAAUUUUAUAUUCAAAUAAACAUAAACUUUUUCGUUCAAA